GGCAGCCGUUAUUCGUGCGUGGUGUAGCGCUGUGGAGUACCUCUACGGGAGGGAGGAAACGUGUUCAUUAAAUUUUUGCAGUCUUCUCCUGUUGUAAUUAACCGAUACACUACUGAAAUAAUGUUUUAAAAAGGGUUUUCUUCGCUAUUUUGGGUUGUACAUAACGGCGGUGUGGCGCAACGCUGUAAACACUGAGUUUAGGAUUUGUCACCUGCAGCAGCUGACACUUGUGUCUUGAGAAGAGUGGAGUCGCUAGGCAGUUGCCAAAGGAAAACAGGCAGUGGCUAACAAGUAGUUAGCAACUCAGCCAGUUAGCCUGCCAGCUAACCAGCUCUCCCUACUGCCACAGCAAGUCCCACCCUCUCUCACCAAGUGCGUGGACGUCGUAAGAGGCUGCAGCCGUGAAGUCGUGUGAUUUUUCCUCUCAACAUAGCCAGCAUCGCUGUAGCUGGCAAGCUAAAAUAGCCCUCUAAACGUUAGCUUGGCGACUCCGACGUUAAAUUGUUGGCUUUAACGUAGGACAAGUGUCUUCUGUGGAGGGAUACGGUCGCUACACUUGCAAAGAGACUGGCUAAAAAGAAGACACGAAAUAAGAGCGAACAAGGAAGACACAGAGAAGGAGGGGACUGGCUAGUUUAGCCGGGGAGACAGAAUCUCACGUAAAUAGAUAGAAAGCAAACACUGCCACUGAGCCACACACAGCCAUGAGUAUUGAGAUACCGGUGGGGUUGACAGAACUGCUGCAGGGCUACACUGUGGAGGUGCUGCGACAAAGGCCGUCAGACCUGGUGGACUUUGCAGUACAGUACUUCACCCGUUUGCGGGACACCAGAAGCCAGGAUGGGGCCAGUGCCGGUGGCAAGACGGGGAAAGGAGUGAUGUUUGAUGGGGAGCCGAUGCAAACAGAGUCCAACGGAGAUGAUGACGAAGAUGAUGAUUCUGACUUUGAGCCUCCACCACCCAGCAGAUUCAACAGGAGAGUGUCAGUGUGUGCGGAGGCGUUCAACCCGGACGAGGACGAAGAGGACUCCGAGCCCAGAGUGGUACACCCAAAAACAGAUGAACAGCGCUGCAGACUGCAGGAGUCAUGCCGAGACAUCCUACUCUUCAAAACACUAGAUCAGGAGCAGUUCUCGGAGGUGCUGGACGCCAUGUUUGAAUUACUAGUUCAGCCCCUGGAGCACGUCAUCGACCAAGGAGACGAUGGAGACAACUUCUACGUCAUAGAGAGGGGUGUGUAUGACAUAAUUGUAAUGGGAGUAACGGUGGGUCAGUAUGACAAUAAGGGCAGCUUCGGCGAGCUGGCACUCAUGUACAACACACCACGAGCCGCCACCAUUGUUGCCACCCAGGAGGGGGCACUAUGGGGACUGGACCGUGCCACAUUUCGUAGACUCAUUGUGAAGAACAAUUACAAGAAGAGGAGGAUGUACGAGAGUUUCAUCGAGUCUGUGCCCUUACUCAAAUCACUGGAGGCGAACGAGAGGAUGAAGAUAGUGGAUGUAUUAGGAUCGAAGCAGUUCCCAGAUGGUGAGCGCAUCAUCACACAGGGAGAGAAGGCUGAAUGCUUCUUUAUAGUUGAAUCUGGGGAGGUCAAGAUCAUGAUCAAGAGUAAAACGAAGGCAGGCCAUGCAGACAAUGCGGAGGUGGAGAUAACGCGCUGUAGCAGGGGUCACUACUUCGGGGAGCUGGCCUUGGUCACUAACAAGCCCCGGGCCGCCUCAGCCUACGCAGUGGGGGAUGUCAAGUGUGUGGUAAUAGACGUGCAGGCGUUUGAGCGUCUCCUGGGUUCCUGUAAGGAGAUUAUGAAAAGGAACAUCGCCCACUAUGAGGAGCAGCUGGUGGCACUGUUCGGCUCCAGCAUGGACCUGAGAGACUGAGCCUCCCACACCACACUCCGUGCCUUCUAACACACACAGACACACAUACUCGCACACACACACACACACACACAUGUACGUCCUCUCUCACACAACGCAGUGGCUAUACAGACUCAUAAUAAGCUCUACACAGAACGUACAAACUCAUAAGAAAUUGUACUUAGCUCACCUGCGAGUACAUAAAUGGCCACACAGUAUGAACACACUCGCAUACUUUGACACCUAUGUAGGCACUGAGAGACGCCCACCUCACUUAGUCUGCUCCUCCUCGUGCACAUGCUAGUUCAACACACUCCUCGAUGACCUCAGACGCGCACACAGAGCAAGCUAAAGGCCUCACAGCUCGUUGCUUGAGGAAGCUCCAACCUCUCAGUAUGAAUGUCUUUGCUGCGAUGACCUUAAUACAGGUAACGCAGUGUACACAUAAAAUACACACACACACACCCCAUACACAUGUUCAAAAACACAUAAUCAUGCUUCAUAUGUGCAGGCUUUUCAUUCACAUAGGACACACACACACACACACACACACACGGGUAAAGAUACAUUUACUCAAAAACACAUAGGCAGCCACACUUGCAAAAACGGACACAUUGUGGUAAAAUGGAGACGAAAAACUUUUAAAAUCUCUGAAAAUGGAAAAUGAAUCAAAAUGCAAAAAAAGAGAGAAAAGUUUAAAGAAGACAGAUAAGUUUUAGAAACAUUUUAUGAAGAUACAAAACAGAAGCUUUGAUAAAAUAUUAUUUAAA